UAACAAAUUUCCGCAAGAACGUUUUGAAGUUUAUAAUUCAUUCUACUAGGCACAAUUUCUAGAAUCCGAUACAUUUGAUUGAGCAAAUUUCGGAAUUGUACAUCAAAUUGCAACUCCAAUAGAGCGGAAAAACGUCGCUCGGGUUGGUGUACCUGGGCCGUACCUGUGGCCAGCGAGAAAUGAGCAGACCGCCGCCCACUUGUUCCUCGGCAGGUACAAGACAGGUGUUUUCCAUUGUUGUUGUUCCUGCCUGGCUACUGACUGAUGUUCAGGAAAGAUGAGCACCGCUCCGAAAAGUGAAACUCCAUCCAAAGGUUGGGUGAAGUUUGAGGAUGAGGAGGCGGGCGGCGACAAGUCUGCUGCAUCUACCCAACAACAGGACGAGGAAAGUGCAGCCAAAGCAGAAUACAAUGGUGCGGUGAUCACGGCAGAGACCUCGCAAGUGGGUCUCGAUCUGAGCAGAAGUUCUGAAGUUGCCAUCACUAUUCCGAAGCCAGAAAAGGCUACAAUUUCAACCACCCUGAGCACCAUAGACCUCAGCGCCGAUGGCCACCUCACAAACGGCGCCGGAGUCUCUUCAAUAUCGAACGCAGCAACUAUAAGACAGGGAUUUGUAAAUGGAGACAUCAUUGUAACUCUUCUCCCCAUCAACACAAAGUGGCCCUGGAUUACGCCAGCCAAAUUCCGUCCUGAACUAGUCCCCGAGGAGCUGAUGGCUCAAGGGCUCACUUUAACUGUGGAGGAUUACGUACAAAUCAUGGAGCUGCUGACCAACGACUUCCGUUUCACAAUGUACAACAUUUGCUACAAGAGAGUUCUCUCCCUGUGGGUCCUGCUGGCCUUUUCAAUUCUGCUGGUGCUCUUGUUUUCCGGUGUCACAGGCCUCACUCUUUUUGGUCUGGGAGUCUUCUGGAUUUUCGUCAACGCUUUUGCUGUUGUAUUCUGCAUUUGGAUAAAAAUCAAGCUCAACCACAAUUUGGAGUACUGUUUAGCAUCUGUGAACAGACACCUGUUGCGGCACAAAAUCCUGCUGGGCCUGGACGACAGAGGGAAGCUGUCCUGCCACAAAGUGAAUCUCUGCUUCAUCUACUUUGACACCACCGAGUGUGUUAAAAAGUUGCAAGAGGUGAUUGAUAGUGAGGAGAGGGUGGGUCGAGUUGUCGGAAGGGAAGAAACAGCGGACGAGCGGAGGAAGAGGAUCCAGUUGCAGGAGCGAAUGGACAUUGAUGACAGUGACAUUAUCAUCCAGGGCGCUAGCACCACUCGACUAUCAAGGAAACAGGGCCGGGCUGAGAUGCUGCUGCUGCGGUACUCGCAACGCUGGGUCAAACUGCUGACCAGGCAGAUGCUGCCCCUGGCCGGCGAGGGUGUGGACAGCGUGGCCCCGAGACACUGUCUGCAGGCGCGGUGUCCCUGCCAGUUCAUUGAGGAGCAUCUCAAGUACAAGCCGGCAGGCCACUGUUGCGACCUCUUCGGGGAUCCACAUAUGAUGCAGGUGUACUUUUAAAUGUGACGAAUUUACCAUCUUCGCAAUUAUUCUUUGUAGAGCCAAUUAUAGUGUCUUGUUUCAAAACUUUGUUAUAAUAUAUUGAAAUACAUUGUUUAAUUCCUCUUUGUUUGCAAUUUUUAUGUGAUUCAAUUUUAAAAUUCAAGUUGGUGUGUGCUGAAAGUUUAAAUAGAAAUAAAAUUUGCCAUUUUCUGUAUUUUAUACGCUACAUUUUUCUGUUCUCAUUCUUUUUACGGCGUAGAAGAAAAAUAUGAAAGUUGCUUAAUGCUUCAGGAAAACUUGCGAGAAAAACCGACCCACUUUCUUUUUUUGUGCAAAAAGCAGAGUAGAUAAUACUCAUUAGCGUGUUCGCAUUUCCAAGUUUCAAAAUCUCACUAUAAAAGGAGAAUUCGCUGACAAAAUGUUACCAUUCACAUUCUACGUUUGACCGAAUUAAUUAAGCCGACUGCUGGAAAAAAGCAAAAGAUGCAUUUCUGCUGGGGAAACUUCUUUCUGCCACUGGUCCUUCUGUUGACCAAUAGGGCGAGCAAAGGGAUCAAUGCACGCCAUAUGCAGCCAAUGAGCCGAGCUGUGAUUGAUUGCAGUUGGCAGAAUUUUAAAACCCACAAUUUAAACUGCUGCUUAAUUCCUGGUAUGGACCUCUUUACUGAGCAGCAGCUUGCCGAAUGCAGCGCACCAUAUGAUAAAAAUACAAUCAAAUGGGCUAACAACUACAUGCUCAACAAAUUGCAAGUUUUUAGAAAUGGAAACAACAUCGAACUGGGGGACUGGAAAAUUUCGUUAAAGACAUGCAACGCGGCUAACUUUUUGAAUUGCGUCUAUGAAAAAAAUGGCUUGUUGCUUGCGGACGGAAGCGUCAACAUGGAUUCCUUCGUGACUCUUUUUAACCAAACUCAAGAUGAAGAAUUUUGGAGGACGGCUAUUUCCUUAGCUCUUCCACGUUUUGACACACUUGUCAAUACUUUAAUGCCAGAUUCAGUCAAGAUCCUCAGCUGUCCAGGAGAAAAUAAAAACGUAUCUGCCAUUCCACUUGUGUGGACGCAGAUCGUCAACGGCGCCUUCAUCACACAGUGCCCGAUUUCAAUUCCAUCUGGCAACUGCAAACAAAUGUCUGUAAGUUUUAACUCCUGCGUUCAGAAAGUUGAGAACUUCAUUCUUGGCCAGCAAGGAUCACGAAGGAGUGCUUCAAGAGAAAAUCACAUCAAUUUCUAUGAACAGAAAUAUUAUAAUAAAACUUCAUAAUAAAGAGGUUACAUUUUUUUUGUAAUAUUUUAAAGCUAAAGUGAUACUUCAAGAAUAUAUAGUCUGUGAUGAUGUUUAUCUCAUUGAUAAAAAUUGUUUCAAUAAAACAUGCGAUCAAAAAAUAAAUAUUUUUGCUGUAAAUUUA